CUGGCCUGCCAGCCCAGUAGCCAGGAGCCCCGGGGAGUCUGAGGCGUGUUUGGAGGCCAGGUCUUGGGAGGUGCCAGGGGUUCAGGUUCAGGUCGCUCUGGCACAAGCGACCGUUCAACUCAGGGACUUGAGACAACAGAGCACUGAAGGGGAGAGCCCCAGGCCUGCCCAGCUAUGGACAAACAAGGACUUUGGAUCCUGGGAGGAAGGGAAUCAGGCAGCUGCCAGCAAGGAACCGCUGAGAAGCCAAAUUAGAAUCAGGCCAUGUCUAGGUUAUAUCAAGUCCUGCUUCUUCACAUAUGCCACCAAAUCUCCGUUUAAGAACCCUGCCCAUUCUCUGGUCCCUUUUAACCAUUUUGCUAAUGGGAACCCCAGAGAUGAAAGGCCUCCUCCCACUGGCUUGGUUCCUGGCUUGUAGUGUGCCUGCUGUGCAAGGAGGCUUGCUGGACCUAAAAUCAAUGAUCGAGAAGGUGACAGGGAAGAAUGCGCUGACAAACUAUGGCUUCUACGGCUGUUACUGCGGCUGGGGCGGCCGAGGAAACCCCAAGGAUGGCACCGAUUGGUGCUGUUGGGUGCAUGACCACUGCUAUGGGCGGCUGGAGGAGAAAAGCUGCAACAUUCGGACACAGUCCUACAAAUACAGAUUCGCGCGGGGCCUGGUCACCUGCGAGCCCGGGCCCUUUUGCCAUGUGCAGCUCUGUGCCUGUGACCGGAAGCUCGUCUACUGCCUCAAGAGAAACCUAUGGAGCUACAACCCACAGUACCAAUACUUUCCCAACAUCCUCUGCUCCUAGGCCUCCCCAGCGAGCUCCUCCCAGACCAAGACUUUUGCUCUGUUUUUCUACAACACAGAGUUCCGACUCUGCCUGGUUCCUGAGAGAGGCUCCUAAGUCACAGAUGUCAGUCUUUCUCAAAGCUUGGAGGACCCCCAGGGCCACACUGUACCCUCCAGUGAGUCCCAGGAGAGUGACUCUGGUCAUAGGACUUGGUAGGGUCCCAGGGUCCCUAGGCCUCCACUUCUGAGGGCAGCCCCUCUGGUGCCAAAAGCUCUCCUCCAGCUCCAGGUUGGCCAUGUCUCUUUUCUUCUCUGAAGACAGCAUCCUGACUCCAUUUGGAACACUUUCCUGAGAUGCACUUACUUCUCAGCUUCUGCGAUCAGCUUAUCAUCACCACCACCCUCCAGAGAAUUUUUACACAAGAAGAGCCAAAUUGACUCUCUAAAUCUGGUGUAUGAGUAUUAAAUAAAAUUCAUUCUCAAGGCUAAUAAAAACCACAUUGGCAUUUU